GAAAUAGGAAGUACGUUACUGGUGCGCUCACUCAGCCCUACAUACUCUGAUCUCUCUGGAAUGGCGGCGAUUUCGUGCCACUGUGCAGCUCCGUCGGAGAAAGUCUCUGUAUCCUCUCCGUCAUUGUCUUUCUCUGCAAAUUUCGCGAGGAAAUCGGCGAUAUUACCCUGCGUAUCUCUGCCAUCUUGGGUAAUCCGCCGAGGAAAAGGAAUUUCGUGCCAGGCCUCCUCUGCAACUUCGUCUUCAUCAUUUUCAGUCAAUGGAAAAGCAAAUUCAGAGCUGAAAGACUUUCUUCACAUUACUGACUUUGACCAAGCCACUAUCAAGAAGAUCUUAGACCGUGCUUCAGAGGUCAAGGCACUGCUAAAAUCAGGAGAGAGAUCCUAUCUCCCAUUUAAAGGGAAGACAAUGGCAAUGAUCUUUGCAAAGCCUUCUAUGAGAACGCGAGUUUCAUUCGAGACAGGCUUUUUCUUACUAGGAGGUCAUGCUAUAUAUUUAGGACCAGAUGAUAUCCAAAUGGGUAAACGGGAGGAAACUCGUGAUGUAGCUCGUGUAUUGUCUCGCUAUAAUGACAUAAUUAUGGCGCGUCUUUUUGCGCAUCAGGACAUUCUUGAUCUGGCAAAGUAUGCAACUGUACCGAUUAUUAACGGUCUGACAGACUACAACCAUCCUUGCCAAAUAAUGGCCGACGCUCUCACAAUAAAUGAACACAUUGGUCAAUUAGAGGGAACCAAGGUUGUCUAUGUUGGGGAUGGUAAUAACAUUGUGCACUCAUGGUUGUUAUUGGCCUCUGUCAUUCCGUUCCACUUUGUUUGCGCCUGCCCAAAAGGUUUUGAACCAGAUAAGGAAACAGUUGAGAAGGCACAACAGGCUGGGAUUGGCAAAAUUGAGAUAACAAAUGAUCCUAAGGAAGCUGUUAGGGGAGCUGAUGUUGUCUACACAGACGUGUGGGCCAGUAUGGGGCAAAAAGAAGAGGCUGCUUAUCGUCGACAAGUGUUUCAAGGAUUUCAGAUCAACGAAGAGCUCAUGAAGUUAGCAGGUCCGAAAGCGUAUUUCAUGCAUUGUUUACCUGCAGAAAGAGGAGUGGAGGUGACUGAUGGGGUAAUUGAAGCCCCAAAUUCCAUCGUCUUUCCACAAGCCGAGAAUCGUAUGCACGCGCAGAAUGCAAUAAUGCUUCAUGCACUAGGCUUAUGAGACUCCAGGCCAACAAGAUUUGAUGGAAUGACAGCGUCACUCAAGAUGCUAAACCAUGGCCUUUUUAUGGUAGAAUUUUUGCAUGUUCAGUUUCUAUAUGUUUUAUGUCUAGGUUAAUUAAAGAUGUGCUAUACUUAACUAUUUCAGCACUGAAGAAAUUGUGACUGUUUCUGUUAAGUAAUCAUUUGUUACAAACUCGAGUCCUACAUCAGAAGUAUGGUAGUAUGGUUUGGGAUUUUGGUGUGGAGUUUAUAUAUAUAGACAUUGGGCUCUCUAACUUUACAAGCUAA